AUGCCUCUCACUAAACGUGCUGUUUCACCAGUGAACGUAAGCCUUCAUAGAAUACCAGGAUCAGUUCAAAAGGAUGAACUUGAAUGCGUUGCAAACGGGACUUUAGCGAAUUUGGUUAGACAGCUCAGUUCAAUUAGUAGGCACGCAGAAAACAUUUUUGGAGAGAUUUACCAUGAAGCUGUGAAAUUGGACCACAAGUCAAACACUUUAGCUCAGAGAGUUGAGAGAUUAACUACCAAAGUUACUCAACUAGAUGGUAUUCAAGAACAAGUGCCUUUGUCGGCAAAAGAUCUACAACUGCGGAAACCAUUUAAAAGUAGCUGUUUGAUUGAUCAGCACACGUUGGAUAGGCAAACUUUACCAUCCGCUUUGGGUGAGAGCUAUGCUGCUUGUGACCAACCGCCGAAUUUAGAUGCACUUAAUCCAUAUAGAGAUGAUAAAAAAAGCGCUUUGAGGUACUAUACUGAUCCCUCAUACUUCUUCGACUUAUGGAGGCAGGAAAUGUUAAAGGAUGUCGGGGAUGGACGACGAGGAAGACAGAUCAAGUCUCCUAGUGGAAAUAAAAGUCCAACGCGCAAGAAGCGAGGAAGACAUUCUGCAGAAUCUUCAAGAUUAGUGCAUCCAGCUUCCAGGUAUAUUGUUUCUUCACAACAGCGUGCUAAUGACAUAAUGCAACUGCCGGCAGAGUACCAGGCACCGCAGAUUGCACCUCUUGACCAAGUGAAAGUUCCCGCUGGAAUGAGUGUCCCAUCUCCUAAUGACUAUAAUUAUACAAUUUCUCAACCAGCUUUUCACUCCUUACCAGCUGCAGAGUCCUAUUUUCUUUUCUUUAUCUUUAUUGAGGCAAGUUUUCAGAAUUUACCUCCUCCUAUUCCGUCACCGAAAGGUUUGGGAAGCCAGAUGGCACAAUUAGAAAUAAAGGAAGACCCAUUACUAGACGAUGAGCUACCUCCUCCACCACCGCCACUGAUGCAUACAUCAUUGGUCUGCCAGAUGCCGACACCUCCUGCUAUGCAAUUUGUUCCACCAUCCGAGAGUUCGGCUGUACCUCCUCCACCCCCACCUCCCCCUCCACCUGGACCAUUGGCAUCCAAUCCUCCUGCUGUAGUACCGUCUUUCGCAAAUAGUGAAGAAAAUCAACCAGAGAAACCGGCUCCCAUGGACACCACCCGUUCUACCUUACUUGCCGAGAUACAGACCGGUAUUAAGUUGAAGCAGGUACAACGGAAAGAACAAGCAGCAGAAGAAAAAGCAGCAGCUGAAGCGAACGAUGUAGCAGCCAUCCUUAGGAGACGGAUGGAACACGUUUUGGGUCAUCCAGACAGCGAAACUGACUCAGAAAGCGAUGAUGAUGAGGAUUGGGAUUAA